ACUUUAAAUGUAUUUACUAAGCAGUAUUGGAAAUAAAUGUGAAAUAUGCUAAACAUCUCGCCCGGUUCUCGGUUGUAAAUAAAUUUAAUUGUUUAGAGUAAGUGAAGCCAUUAGCCAUUAAAUUCAUUAUUGCUAGGAAGUCCAACUUCUUGCCGUCAGGCGGCUCAUGUUCACAAUUGGUAAUAUGUUGAGUCAAGUCGCGGGUGCUGCCAAUGCAGGCGGCACCCCAUUGGAGGCUGCGCCGACAUUACCAAGGGCAGCAGCAGAUAUAGAGACUGAGACGACAACAUCUGAAUCUCGGCCAUUUGUGGCAAGCGGUAACCCUAGUAAUCGUAAAUCGGGCGGCGGUACUGCUGCGUCUAAGAAUUCGGACAAUCGGGAGUUUCAAUUCUUUUUCGAGGAUGAAGUUUUUCGCAUCGAUCGCAAAGGUCGCGUGCGAUUUGGAGUUGUUACUGGGACAGCCGAAUCGUAUUCGUCGGAUGAUGAGGAAGAGGAAAUUAAUGAGGUGCUAGGGAAGGGCGAGGUGCGCGUCGCCUUCUAUCCGGAUGGCAAGGAAAUUGUAAGAACUGAAAAAUCGAUUGGCCUCGUCGACCGCACCCUGAUGCCAGGUGAUGUGGUACGUCGCCGCCUUCCUGGACAGAAGCAUAUGUCUGGGCAGGCUGGGUAUGUGCGCGAUGUUAACGUCCGCGCAGAUGUUAAAGUAUUGGGCACUAAAUAUGUAAUCAGAAAUGUACCCUCGGAGCGUUUGAAGCCCAUUUCAGAGUGGUCACGUGAUGUGCCCGUAUGUUUAGGAAAUUGGAUUGGGUAUACUGUCACCGUCGAUGAGUCUGCCGUAUUAAAAUCGAGCUACGGUACUCUUAUCGAAAUUACAUCCAAUGAUUUUCAUAAGUUCAAAGACGCCUAUGGACCGAGUGAGCGUGAAGUAUUCAGUCCCAGUGUUUACUAUCCAAACAACGUGGUUAUUGGCCGUUUGCCGCCUUUGGAUCGCGUUAUUAAUUUAACACCGGACCUGCCUUUGCCAACCAAUCGCAAGCGACGCUCUAUGUACACUGUGGAAUCUGUGAAAACAACUUCUAUAACUGUGGCUUGGACAUUUAAGGCCACACCACAGUUUGACAGUGGUACGGAAUUGGAUCCUCUAAAGCAGCCGAAGAGUUGUAUAAAGGGCGAUGACUUGGCAAAUGUUAAGCGCUUGAACAUUUAUGAAUCUUAUAUGCUGCAAAUUCACGAUCGCUUCUACCUCAAAUAUUCGAAAUGUGAUAAACUUGUAAAAUAUUCCGUCUGGGAACAGGAGCAAGCCAAGUUGUACCAGACCAUAUACCAACGACAAAAGAGUGAGGAGAAUAAGCAAGCUGACCAAAAGGAGCAGUUGACGCAAAGCUCAUCGAUGGGGAUAGAGAAUACGCCUUCGCCGUCAGCGCCAUCCAGCUCUCGCAGUGCUCACAUUUUCAAGGUGCGACGUCUUUGUAAUAAACCAAGCAAUCAGCGACUAAAUCGGUCUGUGGUUGAAAACGAUACGAGUAAUAUCUCGCUUAAGCUGUCUACCUCAUCAAACUCAACUGGAAAAAAAUCACGGGCAAACAAUGAUGAAACCUGGGAAACUGCUGAUGAUGAGGGUGAUGAAGAGCCAGUGCAGGAAACUCAAGACGCAACAGAAACAAUUGAAGCAACAGCUACGUCCCCAGAGACUGAAGGAGGAACAGUGAAUCCUUUAAAUUCCUUUGCUUCUCAGGCUGCCCGUAUUGUGACACGGAAUUUUAAACGUAGAUCAAGCAAGAAAAAGCCUCGACCUAGUAAAAAAUCUGCAAUACCAAGAAAAGAAAAUGAUCCCAAAGAUGGCGAUGACAUGGUUGUAGAAACUUUGGUUGUAUAUAGUUCGUUAACGGUAGUGUGGCAGGAUGGAUCUGUGGAAUCAGGCAUUCCGUCAACCGAUUUGUAUCCUAUACACCAUUUAGACAAUCAUGAGUUUUUUCCUGGAGAUUUUGUUAGUAAAGCUAACGACUACAGCACGUCGCAGAUGGAUUACGGAGUCAUACAAUCCGUGGAUCACGAUGAACGCAUAGCCAAAGUUAAAUGGUUCAAUAUCUAUGGAAAUAUGGAUAAUCCUGUUCCAUCAUGCAAAGAUGUAGAGGAGCUUAGUGUUUACGAUUUGAAAGAUCAUGCGGAUUAUCAGUACCGACCAGGCACUAUGGUUAUAAGAGUAUCUAAUUUCACUGGAGACGAUUUGAAUUCAACAGCUGGCCAAGUUAUUGAUAAUUUCCCUGAUGGCCGCGUACGCGUUUGGUGGGCCAAAGGCCAUAUCACCAUGUGCUAUCCGCAGGAUCUCUUCGAAAUCCAUCAAAGCGAUACUCAAGAUGCAUACGAGUCUGACGACUCGGAAAAUUCAUGGGAAACACAGUCUGAGAAUAGUCAGACAAUGAAUAUGAGUGCUAGCAUCGAAUCAAUGGAUGUAGAGGAUCACAUUAUUUCGGGAAUCGAUCGUGCUAAGGAAGCAAUUCAGCGUCUUGAAAAAAUUUUUCACGUCCUACCAGAACAGCGCAAGGCGGAUGUUCUCAAGGAUUUGUUGGCUGUAUACAAUAACUGCCGGUUCCUUGAUCGUUUUCUAAAAACUGAUUUCUUUCAUGAAGAUUACUUUAAUGGAAUAUUAUGCCUAAAGAAAAAAGAUCAACCGCAGAAGCAAUCAGAUGCGCAGGUUACAACCAAAACGAAUACAAGUAAUACGCCUCAAGGUACUGCGGAUGCAGUCAAUAUGAGUGUUGAAAUACCUAUACCGGACAUAGCUUCACCAGUUGUUCGUCAGGCAGUAAAGCUAGAGAUACCUUCGAUCCCUCUCGCUGCAUCGACAUCUACACCAAAUAAACGGAAGUCCUCUACUCAUGUGGAAGAGGUGCAGUGCAAAAAGACUAGCAGCAGCGAAAAAAUUAAUGUUGAGGAUUCCGCAGAACAGUCCGUACUACUGGACAAUAUAUCAUUGUCGGAUAGUGAGACACAGCUUACCUAUAAUGAGUUAAUUACGAAGUACCGUAGUGAAUAUGCAGAUAUGAUUAGAACGGCACGUGUCAGCAUUGCAAAAGCCUUCGAGAAACAUAAGAACAGUAAGAAUGAUUCUGGGGUUCAUUCUCGAGGGGAAAAUAGUUCAAGUGAAGUCACUGCUGGUAGCGAUUCAAAGGACAACAGCCAAGGGGAAAAGAAACAGUCGAUUUUGAGAUCGUCUUCCAGCACCAGCAUUGAGUUGGUGGCUAAUCAUGAUGCGGACGUCUGUGAAGUUUUUUGUUUUCUAAUCAAAGAGCAAAUGGCAAAGUGCCGCGAGGCAAUAGUGGAAACAUUUGGCAGAAAUAAAGCUGAAGACAAAGAUGCAGAUGAGCACAUAAGCGAUGUGGAGGUAGAUGAGGAUACAGAGAUUUCAGAUCAUGAUAUGCCGCCAGCAUAUGAAAAGGAUCAAGAUCAAGAUCAAGUUAUGGAACAGCCUUUAAACCUAAAUGGACUCUCUGAGUCAUUGCCUCCACUAGAAAGCCCAACUGCUUGUUCAUCACCGUCGCCUAUACAGGAUAUCACAUCUAGCAAUAAUUGUUUUGAAGUAGUUCCAAACGCACCACUCGGUCAUUAUUUUAUUGGAAAUAUUAUACAUCCGAACAACAAGGCUCAUUAUCAACGCGCUGUUCAGCGCGAGUAUGCUAUGCUGCAAGCAUCCCUACCUCCAGGUGUUGUUGUGCGUGCCUACGAGGAUCGCAUGGAUCUUAUAUCUGUUAUGAUGGUGGGUCCCCAACGCACUCCCUACCAAAACGCCCUGUUUUUCUUUGACUUUCAAAUGGGAUGUGACUAUCCCAAGAGUCCGCCCACAUGUCAUUACAUAAGUUUUUGCACGGAACGUCUUAAUCCUAACCUGUACGAAGAGGGCAAGGUGUGUGUCUCGCUGUUGGGUACUUGGUCCGGACGUGAUACUGAGGUUUGGUCCCCUCAAAGCACAAUGCUGCAGGUUUUGGUCUCUAUACAGGGACUCAUACUUGUGGAUGAGCCCUACUAUAAUGAGGCUGGCUAUGAGAAGCAACGUGGUACUCAAUUGGGAAAUGAAAACUCGCGUGUCUACAAUGAAAUGGCAAUUAUUAAAAUUGUCCACUCCACUGUAAAACAAUUACAAAAUCCUCCAUUCAUAUUUCGCAAGGAAUUGAUUGAGCACUUUAAGGAAUUUGGAACCGAGUUACAUAGCCGUAUGAAGACCUGGUCUGAAUACUCGGCAGAUGCACAGCGAUUAAAAAUAACCAGCAUUAAUGACAUGCCCAAGGACUACAAAACACCAUGUGAGAUGCCCGAAUUUCCACUACUGCCGUGCAGCCGCGGCUUUUGCAUUGCCGUCAAGGGAAUUUUGGAAACUUUACAAAACGAGUUAGCUGCGCUCGAAAGAAAGCAAGGAUGUGAGGUUGCUGUUCCUGCUGUGGCCACAGCCCCACGUGCUGCACCCGAAGAUGUGUGAUUUAAGCGAAUUUUCGCAAUGCUCUGUUUGUCAGCCUUGCCUUCGUUGUGGUGCCUAUUAUAUAACAAAAACAAGACUAUCACCACCUGCUCUUGAAACUGAGCCUCUAGCAGGGUCAAUUUCUUCUAUAUUUAAGUAAUUACAGCUCGAAUACUAUCUACCUUAUUAACUUGGCUUAUCGACCGGCUAACAAACUGUAUAACCAAAAAAAGAAGAUAAUUUCCUAAA